CUCGCGGGUAGUUUCGAUCGCUCCAUCCCCCUGUUGUUUUUUUUGUUAACCCGCGUUUCCUGCCUCUCUCUCUCUCUCUCUCUCUCUCUUUCCAUCUGAACAAUGAGCUCCACGGAACACCAUCCCGCUUUCGACUCCCUGACACCUUCUGCCAAGCUUGCACUCCUGCACGCCCAGACUGCUGCUCCUCAGGACGCGUCUGUAGAAGAGACUAUGGUCCCUAGUGCGAAUGACCCGGUUGUAACAACAGACUUUUCCGAGCCUUUGAUUGCAGGAGAUUACCCUACACCCAUCAGUAAGCCCGCGGUUAUCAAGAAGGAGAAGAAGAAGGAUGACAAGCUGGACCUGGCAUCCGAGUCGGCCUUCCCAUCCCUCUCGUCCGGCUCAUCUCGCGCACCAAUUACUUCUGGCUGGUCCGCCGCUGCAGUCUCGCGUGUCAAGACCCAGCCAGUUACCCGCUCAAUGGGUCGUGCACCUGCCUCGAACGCUGCUAAAAAGUCUACUGUCCCCCACAUCACUGAUGUUCUUGAGUUGCCCGCCAACCAGCAGACCGCUAACCAGCCAGUCAAGCCUCUUGGCUUUAAGAGCAAUUCAGAUGUGAUUCAGCAGGUCAUCAACAAGACCGGAACCACCAUAAUUGCUUCCACAAACCGUUCAGGAACCACCACAUUCCUCAUUCAGGGUACUCCCGCUGACACCGAAAAGGCAAAAAGAGAGCUUAUUGCUGGUUUGGUAGUUAAGCGUACAGCUGAAGUGGCUGUUCCUUCGUCAACCCGCCGAUUCAUCAUUGGCGCCAAGGGCAAGACUCUUCAAAUGAUCGAGGCCAAGUCUGGCACACGCAUCAACAUUCCCCCCCGCAAAGAAGAGGAUGAGCUUAAUGAGGAGAACGAUGAGGAAAUGGUCAAUGUGACCAUUGUGGGCGAUGCCGCCGGCAUCAAGAUUGCACAGGCCGAGAUUGAAGCCAUCGUUGGUGACAAGACUGCCAAGCAAACCAUCAAGUUGGAAAACUUCCAUUACAAGUAUCACCUUUUGUUGGCUGGCCCUCAGAACGGUGCCUUGAAGUCGAUCGAAGAAACCCUAGGCGUCAAGGUCCAAACACCCCCUAUUGUGACCGGUUAUGAUGUGCUUGUCGAAGGAAAAGUGAGAGAUAAUGCAUUCGUUCUCUCUGGCGACAAAGAGAAAGUCCAGCAAGCCAAGCAGAUUCUGGAAGAUCGUUAUAAUUCUUUGGAGAAAGACACAAAGACUGUCAACCUCAGUGUCUCCAAGCGCCAACACAAGUAUCUUAUUGGAAAGAACGGCUCUACUCUUCGUGAGAUCUUUGACAAGUCUGGCUGCAGUGUUGAGCUUCCCGCUUCCACUGAUGCUUCUGAGGAAGUCACCAUUCGUGGUCACAACGACUGUAUCAUCAACGGUCUUACUGCCGUCUUGGAGAAAUCUAACGCUGUCCAUGUUGCUGUUCUUGACAUUCCCAGCAUCUUCACCUCAGUCCCUAACCCCCAGCAACAUUCCAAGAAUGUACUCAAGUACAUUGUUAAGAGCGGACAUUUGAAGAAGAUUGAGCAGGAUCAUGACGUUGAGAUCAGUGUACCUCGCGCUGAUGCCCUUGGCAAGUCUGUUCCCCUCGAAUUCGUCAGUAAGGUUGAGAAGAAUGGUGUGUCUGCAUACCAGGAUGGUUUCAUUAUUUUCCAGAACUUGGUCCCUGCUCUCUUCUCGACUGUCAAGGUUGAACCCCAUUUGUAUCACUACAUCUCCGUCCGUCAUGGCAAGCAGCUUCAGCGCAUCAAGGCUCGCUAUUCAGUCGCCAUCUUAGUGCCUGAUAACGAAAACGAAGAAAUUCUUAUCGUCUAUGAGGGCAAGGAAGGUGAUGACCAAGAAACCAAGCUUUCCGAAGCAAAGGAGGCUCUUGAUGCUGUUACUGCCGAAAUCAAGAAGAUUGCUUCUGACUCUUCUGAUUAUAUUAGCAACAGUAUUACCAUUCCUGCCAAGUUCCACCGUGCUAUUCUUGGUCCCAAGGGUACUACUUUGAACGCCAUUUUGGGUGAAGAUUCCACUGUUGUUGUGCGUUUCGGUGGUGCUAACGAGGAUGAGGUUAUCAUUCGUGGUACAUCUAGCGAGGUUAAGCGUACAAUUGAAGAGCUCAACAAGGUUCAUAAUGAAGCCAAGUAUGACGACUUCUCCAACUCUUACACUGCCGAAUUUGAGAUUCCUGUAGCUUUCUCUCCCCAUGUUAUCGGCAAGUCCGGAAGCAACAUUAACAAGCUGAAGGAUGAUCUUGGUGUUAGAAUUGACAUCAGUGACCCCAACAAGUCUGAGAAUGGCGAAACCAUUGUCAAGUCCAAGAAGAAGAACGACCAAAAGGUCAAGAUCAUUAUCAACGGUAUCAAAACCAAUGUAGAGGCAGCUAAGGAACGCAUCUCAGCAAUGGUUAGCAACUUGGCUGAUCAGGUUACUCUGAGCCUGAGUGUUCCCAAGGAAUUCCACCGUUUCUUGAUCGGUCCCAGCGGCAGAUUCGUCAAGAAGUUGGAAGACAAAUACAACGUCUAUAUCAAAUUCCCCAAAUCGUUCUCAACAGAGACUGAGGAUCCUGAUGUUAUCACAAUUCGUGGUCGCAAGAAGGAGGCCAGUGCUGCCAAGGACGAGCUGUUUGAGCUUUACGAAUAUGAGAAGGACGAACAAAUCAAGCGAAAAGAGCGUGACGCUCGUUUUGCAGAAGAGAGAAAGAAGCGCGAGGCUGAUGCAGCAGCAAGGGCCGAGGCAGCAACAGCAAAGGCCGAGGCAGCAGCAGCAAAGACAGCAGCAGCAGAGGUCGAGGCUGAAAAGUCUACCUAAAAAUGAUAAUAAUAAUUCCCACCACCGCCUCUCUCUCUCUCACACACACACAUACACACACACAUACACACACAUACACCAUCUAGUACAAUCCAAAAAACACAAAAAAAAGAGAGAAGAAGAAGAAAGAAAAUCCCUUCCACCCCACUACCUACCCAUCAAAUCCAUCUUGUUUUUUUUUAUAUGAAGGUGCGAAUGACGCUUCGUCCGCAUUUGUAACUAAUCCUUUAGACGAAUCUCUUCUCAAUUCAAAAAAAAAUACAAAAAGAAAAAUUAAGAAAUUUUAAUUGAAAGAAGAAGAAGAAGAAAAAAAGCCAUGGAGCCAAAACCACAUAUCUUGGGCUCAAACAAAAUAAACACCAAAAAGAUUUGCUUUAUUAUUAUUAU